AUGAAUAUUGAGGCAGACGGUAGGUUGGCACAUGAGGGUAUGACAUCGGCGUUGGUAGCUGUGGCUGAUAAGGCGGCACAAACUGCGGCGGUCUUCCUUGACUGUAAGAAGCCUCACUCUGAGAUUGUUGAGCCGGCGGUUGAUUCUGAUUUGGACACUUUGUGGUUGAGCUACCAUAUUUUACCUCUACAUCUGAAGCGGUGUUUUGGUUACUUCUCAAUAUUUCCAAAAGGUUAUGAAUUCCAUGAAAGUGAAAAAGAGAAAGUGAUCUUGUUGUGGAUGGUUGAAGGCAUUUUGCAACCCGAAAAUGGAAAAAGAAUGGAAGAUGUUGGAGAAGAGUACUUGAAUGCUUUAACAUCAAGGUCAUUCUUCCAGAGAUCUAGUUGGAAUGAAUAUAGCUUUUUCAUGCAUGAUCUAAUGCGUGAUUUAGCUAUGCAUACACUAUUGUUGUCGGGUUGUAAAGAACUUACACAGUUGCGAAUCGACAUGUCUUGCUUAAUCAGCUUGCGGCAUUUUGACAUAAGUGGGACAUGUUUAAAAGAGAUGCCACUCCAACUUUCCAGUAUCAAAGAUCUACAAAGUUUGAGUGAUUUUGUUGUGGGUGAAAAUAAUGGCUCUAGCAUCAAGGCGUUGGGAGCAUUGCAGCUUUUACAUGGAAGUCUUUGCAUUUCAGGCCUUGAAAAUGUUGUGGACAUCGGGGAUGUUUACAAAGCAAAUAUGAAGAGCAAGAAACAUCUUACCAAACUAAUUUUGAGAUGGGAUGGUGAAACUGAUGAUUCAUUGAAGGAAAGGGAAAUACUGAAUGCACUCCAACCGCACACAAACUUGAAGGAACUCGAUGUCAUUGGUUACAGAGGAACAAGAUUUGCAGACUGGCUACCUUCCCUCAUAGAGCUUGAAGUUGUGGAAUUGAAUGAAUUGGUUAGCAUCGGUGAUGAGUUUUGUGGUACUUCCUCGAUCCCUUCGUUUCAAUCCUUGGAAAAGUUGUCAUUCUCUGGGAUGUUCAGGUGGGAGAAUUGGUCAAUUACUAGAACUGAUCAAAAAGAGCCGGCUUUCCCUUGUCUCAAAGAGAUUGAUUUGCAAUGUUGUUGGAAGCUAAAGGUGGGAUUACCUGAUGCUUGCCUCCAUUCCUUGAAAAAAAUUGCAUUUUGGUUUUGUAAUGAAAUGCAGGCUGUGUUUCCAAUAAGUCAACACAUUGACAGUGCAUAUCCCUCUCUUGAGUCCUUGUUCAUAUCUUGUUGUUCAAGAGUCGAGACAUUUUCAAGAAUGGGAUUGCCCUCAAACUUAAAACAACUUCAGAUUCAAGAUUGCAAAAUGCUCUUUGCAAACCGCAUCAAUUGGGAUCUACAAAGACUCUCCUCACUUCUAAGCUUACAACUCACAAGAUGUGAAGAAGUGGUGGAUUCUUUCCCAGAGAAAGGGCUGCUUCCGACCGCAUUGACUUCUCUCGAAAUCAAUAACUUUCCAAACCUUAAAGGCCUGAACGGAAAAGGCUUUCUGCAUCUCACAUCCCUUCAGCAACUGGCUAUCUGUAGCUGCAAAGAAUUGAAAUGCUUGCCAAACGAAGGCCUGCCACGCGGUCUUUCAUAUCUGGAUAUUAGUAAAUGUGUUCUUCUAAGUCACCGGUGCCAGAGAGGUGCAGGCGAAGAUUGGCCCAAGAUUUCCCACAUCCCUCGAAUAUUCGUCGACUGGAAAAGAGUGUGA